AUGAUCCCAGAGGUGAGGCGGGGGGUGAAACGGACGUCCGAAGAAGUCCAAGCGUGUGUCGACUGCACAUAUUGCUGCAGCACACCUGCUAUCACGUACGAUGAUUUGAUCCUGCAAAACAUGGCGGUGAUGGUGGUGCGACCGCAGAGCGGUGUUCGAGUGGAUGUAUCGCUGGCAAGCGCAUGUAGCGGUGAGGCGCGGGCCCACCCAUCAUCACCGCACCAUUGGCCAGGGCCUCCCGAGGGUGGGCUGCGGGCUUUCAUCACUGGCAGGCCUACGGAGUGGAUGAUGCAAACCCGCAGUACCCCCUAUGGGUCCCAGCCACUGAACGCCCCCCGUUGA